UAAAUAAAGUCAGUUGUUCAGAGAAAUUCAUAAAGAUACAGUGAAUGUAUCAAGUUGAAUAAACGUAUGGCACCCAGUUUGAAAUGUGGGAAAAACAAUUGCUUACGAUAUUGGUGGUUUCAGUUGUAUCAUAUGGAAUAAAGGCAUUGGAUUUACAUGAUCGGGUUCAACCCUCAGAAAUAGUUGAGAGUGAUAAAGUGACUAAAAAAUUUGAUAUCACUGGGAACGUGCCAUCUGAUGCGAUACGGGUGCAUCAUGGUGAUUCAGUUACAGCCAAAGACGGUGUUCCGAGCAUUGUUCGAUCAUGCAAAGCAUUCCCAUUGGGAUCAUCAGCAUUUCUGUUGCGAUGGGAACCACCACAGCAUUCAAAUGCAUCUUUAAUUGGUUACAAAGUCUCUUAUAGAGAAGAAAACGACACAGACGAACAUGCACGUGAGCCACAAAUUCAAGAUCCGUAUGCUACUCAAACAAAAUUGACUGGAUUGAAACCGAAUACCAGAUAUCGUGUGUUUAUUGGUGCGUAUACCGGAAAUGGCGACGGAGAAAGAUGUGAACUCAGAGGACAAACCAAGCCACCCGGAAUGAAGAAGCCAGAUCAACCGACGUUCACAUUCGAACUCUUACCAUUGGAAACCGAUUUUUUAAGAGUUAAAGUCAUUUGGCUGCCGAAUGUCGAUGGCAAUCCGGGAACAGAUUUCUAUGUAAAAUAUCGAUUGAAAGGUGUUACAGAAUGGCAUCACACAAAUCCUAUUCUCAAGGAUGACUUCUCCGUUAUUGAAUGCCUUUCGCCAAAGGAAACGUAUGAGAUGAUUGUAGUAUCGCUAGAAGGUCAUUUCGAAGCCGAAAGUGACAUUCAGAAAGUUACACGGGCCUUAGAAAAUCCAACACACAGCUUAUUCAUAGACAGAUAUGUCAUCAUUGGUGCUACAGCAGUUGUGUUGUGUUUGAUUCUCGGAUUUUCUGCAUUCAUGCUAUUCACACAUAAGAAAGGCAAAUGUAGAAGGUUUAGAAGACCAACAAAAAGAACACUUCACCCUGGUUUGGAACCAAAUUUAUCAAAACUCGACGUUUGGUAUGAUGAUGGUUUCACCAGAAUUGGGAAUAACUAUGAGAUACAAAAUCGACAUGAACGCAAUUUGUCAAGUGAACAAAAGCUUAAUUCAAUGUAUUGCCUUACAAAGUUUGAAGAAGGCAAUAUUGGCGGUAUCAAUCCAGAGUUGACAUUGGAUGAGCAAGCCGAUUUGCUUCCAUAUGAUCAGAAAUUUGAAUUUCCCAAAGAAAAACUACAACUUGGACAUCAAUUGGGAAUGGGAGCAUUUGGUGUUGUUUUCAAAGCAACAGCCAAAGGCAUCGUAUCGUAUGAAGAAGAAACAACGGUUGCUGUUAAAAUGCUCAAAAGUAUUGCUAGCGAUGAGGUACUGCGUGCAUUAGCUUUGGAAUUGAAGAUUCUGGUGCAUUUAGGGCGACAUUUGAAUGUAGUCAAUUUGCUCGGAGCUAUUACCAAAAAUAUUUCACAACGUGAACUAAUGCUAAUCGUUGAGUAUUGUCCAUUUGGGAAUCUGCAGAACUUUUUGGUUAAAAAUCGUAAGCACUUUGUCGAUCAACUCAAUCGUAAUGAGGAUAGAAUCGAUGCAAAAAUAACAGAACGAACGGAUAAAAAUGUUUAUGUAUAUUGUCAUAGCACCCCAGCAGAAAGAUUAACUACAACAACCGAUUUGCUGUGUUGGUCAUUCCAAAUUGCACGUGGAAUGCAUUAUUUAGCCUCUCGCAAAGUCCUGCACGGGGAUUUGGCAGCGCGAAAUAUUUUGUUGUGCGAUAAUAAUGUGGUGAAAAUCUGUGACUUUGGUUUGGCGCGGUCAAUGUACAAAACUGGCGUUUAUCACAUAAGUUCAGCGCGUGCAUUACCGUUCAAGUGGCUCGCUCUUGAGUCAAUUAGCGAUCAAGUGUUUAGCACAUAUUCAGACGUUUGGAGCUUUGGAAUCGUAUUGUGGGAAAUAUUUUCACUUGGUGCAACACCUUAUCCGGGGAUGAAUGCAGGCACCGACUUAUUUCAGAAAUUAAAAGAGGGAUAUCGAUUGGAAAAGCCAGAAUAUGCAAGUCGAGACAUAUAUGAUAUUAUGCUAUCCUGUUGGCAGCUAAUUCCGAAAUCACGUCCACUGUUCGAUAAGCUGGAAGAGGAAAUUACAAAAAUGAUGGAUAGAAGUGUAUCCGAGCAUUAUAUAAUUAUGAAUGAACCGUAUCUUGAAGUGAAUGUGAACCGUUUUAGUUCGGGUCAAACGGAUUAUUUUGCUCUGUUAGGCAGCCCUGAUUGUCAAUCGCCUUCAAAACCGAAAACAAGUCAUCAGACUCUAAAUUUUCAAACAUGUACAGCUCAAGCUUACUCAAAAUCAAGAAGUCCAAAUACGAUGGAAGUCAGUCAUAGCAGUGAUAUUGAUUAAAUUUCAUAAAUAAAUCUUUAAAUUUAUGACAAAA